CUGGGUAUCGAUUACUGCCCAGAAUACACUUACAUAUAUAUAAACUGGGCCUAGCUACGUGUGGAAAAAUAUCGGAGAGAGCAAUACAAAACGUAUUGUUCUUCCCCAAACAGGAAGGCUUUUCUUCGUUUUCCAGAAAGUUUUCAGUGCAGUGCACACUCGAAUAAAGCUCGAACACGGGGAAAAUGCCACGUAUAUUCGAAGUUGCUGCUCCGGUGGGACUGCUCCUGCUUAUCGGGAUGUUAGGUGUGGACGGCCUUGUGAAAGAGGGGGAUUACCAAAACUCCAAUUACCAACAGAAUCUCGAGUCGAACUCCGCAACAGGCGCAACGGCUUCCUUUCCAUUCCUGAUGCCCAACGUUUCUCCCCAAACCCCCGAUCUGUACUUGUGCACGCCAAUCAAGGUCGACCCAACUACCACCUACUAUAUUGUUGGCUUCAAUCCCAAUGCUACGAUGAACACGGCCCACCAUAUGCUGCUCUACGGAUGCGGAGAGCCCGGAACCUCGAAGACCACCUGGAACUGUGGCGAGAUGAACCGAGCUUCCGAAGAAGAGUCUGCCAGUCCUUGCGGACCCCACUCCCAUUCCCAGAUCAUAUACGCUUGGGCCAGAGACGCUCAAAAGUUGAAUCUGCCCGAGGGGGUGGGUUUCAAGGUGGGCAAGAACUCGCCCACCAAGUACCUGGUACUGCAAGUUCACUAUGCCCACAUUGACAAGUUCAAAGAUGGCUCCACUGAUGAUUCUGGAGUGUUCCUCGAUUACUCAGAAGAGCCUCGUAAAAAGCUGGCUGGAACUCUGCUGCUGGGCACAGACGGACAGAUUCCGGCCAUGAAGACGGAGCACAUGGAAACGGCUUGCGAGGUGAACGAGCAGAAGGUCCUGCAUCCUUUCGCGUACCGGGUGCACACCCACGGUCUGGGUAAGGUGGUUUCUGGCUACCGGGUGAGGACAAACAGCGAUGGAGAACAGGAGUGGCUGCAGCUCGGCAAAAGAGAUCCCCUCACGCCCCAGAUGUUCUACAACAUCACCAAUAAGGACCCCAUAAUCGAGGGAGACAAGAUCGCUGUGAGGUGUACUAUGAAGAGUACCCGCCAUCGGAUAACCAAAAUAGGUCCCACGAACGAGGACGAGAUGUGCAACUUCUAUCUCAUGUACUACGUGGAUCAUGGAGAGACUCUCAACAUGAAAUUCUGCUUCAGCCAGGGCGCCCCCUACUACUACUGGUCCAAUCCCGACUCCGACCUACACAAUAUCCCACAUAUCGAGGCGAGCACCUUGUAAUCCGCCUAGAUCGCCUAGAGCCAGAAAAUCAGCUGCGGAAAGAGAAACGAAUGUAUACUACCUUAUUGUCGGCAUUAUUUUAUCGUGUACAACAACUAAUGAUGGUUUAGCCUCAUUCUGUGUCCCGUUCUGUUGGCCACCAAUGAUUUAUGUGAAAUAUUUGUGCGUGUAAAUAAACAUAUGUAGAUAAUUCGCGAGAA